CUUUAUUAAGAAAGAGCCCUUCAGCGCAAAUACUUGGGCAAACACAUCAAAGGCCAUAUUGCGCUGUUAGUUUUUGCGACAAGCAGGAAGCUAGAUGACGUGUAAACAAAACCCCAAUGUCAGUGUAAUGUUAUCCUGCGAGCAUCAACAGUGAUGGGCACAGUGAUGUAGAAUUCAGGACGGCGUUUGAUAACAUAGGUCUCUUCACGGCCGGUUAGCCGUUAAGAUCGAAAACAAAGCAAGUAUGGAAAUUAAAUGCUAUGUAUUUUCUUGAAUUAUGCUCCAGACGUCACUUCUUUGGACCCUUAUGUGAUAAAUUCUUUUGACAAGUUGAGACAGAGAUCAUGGCAAAUGAUGGUGGUGAGAAAUAUUACGAAGACUAUAUUCUCAGGAAGGAGGGACGAAGCAAGGUAAGUGGAAAAGAAGUACUGAAAUAAGGUUACACAUAAAGCAUUAGCAGAAUCUUAAUUGAAAGCUUAUCAUUAUUAGUUAAUCUAGUAUGCAUAACAUUUACUUUUUCCUUGCAAUAUGCAUGUGAAAUCAUUUUCCAAUAGCUUGCAAUUAAGCAAAGUAGUCACUGAAAAUCUUUUCUCACCUCUAAGGCCCAUUUCAGAUGCCAAACUUUUCAUGAGCCAAACCUUAUUUGAAUUAAGGCCAACCCAAAUUAUUGAUUCAGACGCUGAUCUUAAUUGCAGCUGAACUAAGUUCAAAAAAGCGGAAAAUGCUCAUUUCCAUCAAACUGCUUACAAAAUACGUUAUAAUAAUUUAUGCAUUAGUUUCAGUACUUGAAAAGUUUGGCAUCUGAAUCAAAGCUGUUCCGAAGUCGCUGCAAAGUUGAAAUUCCCCGCCAGGUUAGGCAAAAAGAACAGCUGAGCCGUUCAAUUCAAUUUAAUUCUUUAUUUCACGCUAUAAAAGAUAUUUACAUAAGUGUACGUAGGUAGGAAAAUAAAGUAGCUGACAAAUAAUAAUCAACUAAAAGACAUUAAGUUCAUUUGUGUACAGUGUCCAAAGUAGCAAGAGCUUUCUUGUUGGACACCGUCUUGUUGAAAUAAAAAUUGAAACAGGCGUUCCUAAUUGAUUCAGACGCUGACCUUUUCAUGAACUUAAUUCAAUGUAUUUAAUAGGUUCAGCUCAUGAAAAGUUUGGCGUCUGAACCGGGCCUAACUAAUGAUUGAAAAAUUGAUUAGGUGUUAAAUGUGGCUUAAGCUUAAUGUGUUAAUCUUUUUUAAAAACCAUACAGUGAAUUUUCCAUUAGCCAAGACAAGAAAAACUAAAUAUCUAGGAAAACAAUAAUUCUUUAAAGUUUAUUCUGAAGGAAGAUUUUUUUAGCACAACUGGUAUUAUGUUAAUUACUAGUUCAUUUUGUAAAUGAAAGACUUUUACUGUCAUAAAUAUAUAAUUCAAGGGAAACAGCCUUUAAAAGAAAAUUAUUGUUCAGCUUUCAAGUAUCUAACUUUAGUAAACAUUCACCAAUGAGAUGAUGCCUGAAAACGUGUACAACACUACAAUAAUGUUUUGGCUCCAAAACAGCCUAAUUUUUUUGCUUAGGUGGAAAAGGUCAUUAAGUUUUUCUCACUUUGUUGACCACAAUGAAAUCCUGAUGUUUGCCAAAUUUUAUCGUUCAGAUUGCAUCCUGGAGUACUUAAAUUUUCAAAAUUUCCUGGGGAAACAUGCGCCUGGACCCCCUAGUUUCUUAUGUCUUCGGCACUCAUUAUUGGCACUAUCACGCCGAUAUUACACAUAUUCCCAGUUAUGCCCCAGCAAGGAAAAAUUCCCGGCGUCACCCCUGCUUUUUUGGCUCUUGUUUCACCCGGCGAGAAAAGAGUGCUUGCGACCACAAGGUGAGAAACAAUUUCCUUGGUGUCAAUAUUUUUCGUUCAAUCAUGAUUCAGCCUCUUAUAUUUUUGUCGAGCUAAGGUGCGUGGGGAUCUCGGGUGCACUGGCCGACAGUGACAAUGAGCAAGUUUUUUUUAAAAUUAGAGGGAGUGAUAAAUAUUAUUAUAACCACAACAAUAAAGGUGAAAAUAAUGAUUUUCGAAAUUAGCUGUGAAACUUGAACACGGAAUUUUAAUCACCGUGCUGCAUUAUUUUUACUUUUUAAAGUCCAUGAUACAUGCGUAGGACCCCCCCCCCCCCUUUCCCCCCUCUUUUUAGUUGAGCAAAGAUUAACAUUUGUCACUUCAUUUGUAAAGCCUAAAAAAAUACAUUUGCAUAUAUAUACAUGUAAUUCACAUCUCCCUGGCAACAAUGUGUAUACUUUCUUUCAGUAAUAAAACUGGUGACCAGACCUCUGAGUUCUUUAAUAAAAUCUUGUAGUAAAAAAGGGGAGCUAUAAGGGCGAUUCUAAACAAAAAGUGCAAUGUAAAGAACUAAAGUUGGGGAAUCGCUAAAAGCCAAAUAAUUUUGUUUCAUGAUUUUUUUUAGAUAGUGCUAAUUAAUUUUGUGCAAAGUCAGUGUUAUAAGAAAAUAUUAUAGAAAUUUGAUCUGAAGCAACACUUCUUACCGCCUGUAACCGCUUGAAGGUUUACUAAAAUUAAAUAACUUGUUUUAAAAAAUAUGUAAGUUGUGAUCUGAUCCGAUCAAGGUAAUGAACGAAUAUAUGGAAGUAUACUAAAGUAUACACAGCUUUUCUAGAGCAUUGAAGACAGUGUAAUAUUAUUGGAAUCAAACGUUUUUUAGUGUUGUCUAAAAAUAACAACGGCUGAUUUAUGUAGAAUAGGUGUUAAAUGAGGGAAUGACAUUUCAGAGAACUUAGCUCCUAAAUUUCACAGCAAGGUCAAAGCCACGUCCCCCACUCCACUACCUCCCUCCCCCAGGAAAGUGCGCUUCUGGCACACAUUUUUUGUUUUUUUGCCUUACCGCCUAUGAACAGUCCCUUACCUGCUGAACAAAAAUUUAGGGAGAACACUGUAUAAAGCAGAAAAAAUACCCUAUGCAUGUUUGUACAUGUGGAAUCCCAAUUUUAAGAACCUCCAGGGUUUUUUCUAUCAAAUUAUCAGGGGUGCCACGCAGCUUUUUACAAGGCCUCACAGUAUUGGCUGUGAAAACAAUAGACAUAGAAAUAUAAUCAUUUGAGUGAAUGAUCCUUAAAACAAUGGAGCUCUGUGUUAUGGAGAACCAAUGAAAUUAGAGGUUUUUAAGAGCUGUGUACUAACUGAAUUAUCAGGGGGUUUGUGAAAAUUCAGGCUCAAGACAUCAAGUUUCUGUUCAUGUCUAAUAAUAUACAGGAAAAAAUUACUCAAUUCUGAGUGGCUGAGAAAGGAGUGCAGUUGUGUAUUAUUAACAAGGCCAAAGUGCAAACUUGUAACACGAGUGCAAAUUACAAAUGGUUUCUGACUGGCUGAAAACACAAAAGAAACCACCAAGAACCAAUCAGAUUUUAGCUGUUUUAACAACAAAAUUUUAGAAAAUGGCCUUGGUUUUCUGCAAACAACGAUUUGAUUUUGUGCACAAAACAACAAUAAAAAAAGUUAAAAGAACAUUCCAAAAACCCGAACAUGGUAAAAAGUACGUCUUUCUGGCUAAAUGUAUUGAAAAUGCGGUGUGAAGAGAAAAAUACUGUCAACAAAAGCAAGGAAAAUGGGCCAGAGAAACUAAAACAAGCUGCUUAUAACAGACUAUGCUCUUAAAGGUAAAAAAUAAAGAACAAAAACAGUGGCAACCACACGCAAACCAUGACAGCUACACUUUUCAGGCAUUUCAAUGAACAAGGAUGCAAGUUUUCCAUGAUAACAACUGGGAUUUCAAGUCACGCACGUUAUUUGUUGGAGGAGAAAGGUGUCCGGUUGCUCUCUUUAAGUCUUUUGUCGAACAAAGAACUUUAUUAAAACACUGGCCAUGCGAUGGUCUGUUUUUUUCUACCUCAGUAGCAAACAAAACCGAAAAUUUAAAUAUCGUGUUCAAACUAAACCAAUGGGUGAAAAUACCAUAGUAUCCGUAGCUGUGGUACUAGCCUUAAAGAAAGUGAAUAAAACGUUUACGAAUCAUAGUGCACGAAAAACAACAGUCAGCAAGCUAAAGAAAGCAAAGAUUGUAGAAUAUAACGCCAAAUGUCACAGGCCACACGUAUAAAUUUCCUCAACGACUACGAUGAAACUGACAAAGAAGAGCGACGAUGACUCUCUCUUGCAAUAGGCCAAGGCCAAAAUUAAUGAAAUAAUGAAAACCUCAGUUCUGAGAAAAUGCAAAUAUUAUAUUUGAUUAAUACUGACAGUUUCCCUCAUGACAACAUCUGUGGCUCCACUCACCCAUCGAUGGCAGCGUCGAAAGAAAACAAAUGGCCUCCUUCAAUUUUGGGUUGUAAAUCUCAAAUUAAAAAAUUUCUCCAUGAAUCCAGCUGUGAUGAGGUCUCAGGAACAGACAAUGAUGAACAGUCAUUAAACAACUCAGCAAGUGUCUUAAUUUAUCUUUGGCUGCUCGAAGCAUUCUCCUGAUUUCAAAACGGCAGUACACUUCUUGUAAACGUUUCUUGUAAACACCGAGCUCUCAUAUAAUCAAGGAUGAAUUUAAAAACACUUUAAUACUUUUACUGAUUAUAACUGUAAACCGAGUUAUUUUUAACAGGCUGGUGACCAUGUAAAAUCAAUCCUUGUUGAAUGAUUUUGAAAGUGUUGGUCUUGAAAAAGUUUGAAUUUGUCAAUAAGGUAGUAUUAUGUUUCAGCCAAUCGGUUGAAUGAACUAAAAUAUCGUGCGCUGUCAAAAUUUGUCAUUGUAGUUAUGUUUUUUGUGUAUAUUAUUAAUACAAAUGUAAGUAAUCACAUGAUUUUUCUCGUGCAAUUUGGAUUAAUAUAAAGCACUUGUAAACUUUUCAAAGACCACAAAGUGCACUGACGCUCUACGGGCUUGUACACUUAAUUUUGUUGGUCUUUGAAAAAUUUUCCUUGUGCUUAUUUAUUCCAAAUUGCACUCGAAAUCAUGUGAUUACCUAUACUCAGCAAGGCUUAAUCUGAUAUUUUGCAAGGUCACGGAGCCGCGAAAUUCACAAAAACACGCAAAAUGUCGUAAAAUUCACUAGAAGUUUUGUCAAAUACAUGUCAAUACAACAUAUUUAAAACUUAUCUCAGCUAUGGGGGCUUUUUAAUUGCCAUAAACUUGCAAAUUAUUUAUCUUGGAACUUCAUCACCAUGAUGAGCGAACAAUGUCCCAAAACUACCAGGUGUAAAUUAUGUUGUGAAAACAUGGGCACUAGUCAUGAUGUUAAAAGCUUUGCCGUCUUGGCUCAAAAAAAUUCUCGAGCACUUUGUCGUGAAGAAAAUUUCCACAAAAUCAGCUGUUUUUUACCAACUGUUUUUUGGCGAAGUUUAAUAGCCCCGAAAAUUUCGUGAAAUCAGCCAAUUUUUCCAUGAAUCUGUCUCUGAGAAAUUGGCCUCUUUUUUUCGCAAUCUAUCGGAAGCCCUGCCCUAACAAAGUUUACCAUUAUUAGAAUUUUAUAAAUUUGUACUGACCAUGAGUGAGUUAAAUUGUGGUUGUGCUUUAGAAAAGAAAUUGUGACAGACUACCAUCAACUCGAUCAAUUUUUAACUGAUUUCUACCUUCGGUAUAGCCUGUGAGCAGGCUCACUUGUCAGGGCUUCUGACAGGUCGCGGAAGAAAAAGUCAAAUUUCACAGGAUUUUUAGGGACAAAUUCGAGGAAAAAUCGGCCGAUUUUGUGGUAAUUUUGGUGGAGUUUUUGGGGCAAUUAAAACUUCACCAAAAAGCAGUAAAUAAAAAACAGGCGAUUUUGUGGUUAUUUUCAAGGCAAUUUCGCUAGGAAUCAAUCGGCUUUGCUCUUAUCAGACCAGCGUUUUUAACGUUUUUCUAACAGAGGUCACCAUUUGCUCUUUCAACAACAACACACUCCAGAAAUGAAGUGCCUGGUAGUUUCAGGAUGUUGUUUCACGUUUCAGUGACGAAGUUCUGAGAUAAAUGUGCAAGUUUACGGCAAGUAAAUAGCCCCAGUAGCUGAAGUAAGUUUCAAAUAUGUUUUUGGUGACACACCAGGUGCAUUCUUAUGGCACUAGAAGUUCAGAGCUUUUUUAUUUAAUUACCACAAUGCAGGACUAAUAUAUAGAAAGUUCUCCAUCAGUUUCCAGGUGGCUGCUUUUGGGCUUCCUCACCAUGAGAGUUUAAAUAAUUAGAUUUUUUUUGCUUUGUACAACUAAGGCGAACAAAACAAUAAACAAUAAAUAAUAUUUGAUAAGAUUUCUACCGAAUUUCGUGGUAUUUUUAAUGUUUUUGUGAAUUUCGCAGGAUUUCGCUGAUUUACCUGAAUUUCGCGGCUCCACGACCGCAUGAAAUAUCAGAAGCCCUGACUUGUGCCAGUUCGGGGAACUUUUUUGGCAGCAGAGCUGCCAUCCGGCGAGGAGAAAAGGCCGAGGGUGCAUGAGACAAAAAUGUGGCUUGCAUACAGGCUUACUUUUCCUUAGCCCAUUCUCCUUGCCGAAUGGCGUCUCUGCCGCCAAAAAUUUUCCCCGAACACACACAAGUGAGCCUGCUUGCAGGCUACCUCUGGUAUUUACAUUAUUUUGUGUUAUAAUCCAGGGGCGGAUCCAGGAUUUUUUUUAGGAGGGGGUGCACUCGUCUCUUGUUCUACUUCAACACCAAUAAACCACAUAGUUUUUUUUGCCGAAUACCAGUUGUAUUAGAAAACCGCAGGUCAUCUCAGGGAGGGGGGGUGCACACCCCCUGCACCCUCCCCCUAGAUCCGCCCCUGUAAUCAUUGAUCAUUAUAGUAGCAUCAACAUUAAGAACCUAUUGUUAUUAAACUCUCAGAGGUUUUUCUGUCGUUUAUUUUCAGUGGAUACAGUACUGGGUUGUAAUAAGAGGAGUAUGGAUGCUGUUUUACUCAGAAAGAGCAACAACUAACAGAGAUAAUGUAAGAAUAAGUUGUUGCAUCAUAUUAUACACUAAUUAAUGCCAGAUCCCGAGGGAAACAGUUAGUUUUGUUUUUCCAUGAGUCCUGAUUCGUCUCGGGAAACAUCAGGACUUGUGGGAAAACAAAACUAAUUGGUUUCCCAAUUCAAGGAACCUGACAUUAUAAAGUGUUUUGUUAUAUUUCUAGACUUUCACUUCAAUAGCAACAAGAAAAAUAACCAGAGCAAACCAAAACAGUCAAUUGGAUACUCAUAACAACACAAAUUUAAUUCUCAAAACCAGUGAAUAACUGAUUUACCAAGUACUUUCCUUAUAUUAUCUGCAUCUUUUUCCUCCACCAGCUGCUGUUUCUCUUCUGGGAUAACUUCAAAAAUCAUUGCUUUUUAGCUUGAAGCUGGCAGUGUUUUUCCUGCCUUCUCUCCCGCCACUUUCCAUCAUGCUUUGACCACAUGCUGUAAUGUAUCCCAAGCAGGGUACAUUGCUUAAUGUAUCACAAUCGGAACUUAAUAUAUCACGAUCGGGAUACAUUUGAUUUUAGUCAAGGCCACAUGACCAAGAAUCAACCAAUGGCAGUCCCUGUUUAGUUGAGUGAAAGCUGUCUAGGAAAAUAACAACAAUUGCAUUCAUAUUCUUAAUCCACACUGUGAUCAUUAGACAUUGCAUAUAUGGAGAUUGCAGAAUUCUCUGUUUACUUAAAUGCUGAAUUCUCCGGCUAAUGUUCAAUAGAUUACGACUAUUUUUUACUCAGGUGUAGGCCUCUUUCAAAAUUUUUUCCUGUAAUGUGACACCUUUCUCCUGCUACUAGAAUUGUUAAUGAAAACCCUGUUUAACCCUCUCUGGCUGCUGGGGUUAAUGCCUUCUGAUCUACAUCUAAAUCCACAUCACUACUUGACAGAGAUUAAUAAUAAAACUGUUGCUUGGGUGCCUUUUUCAGGCUUUAGGUUUUGUGAAAUGGUAGGAUUUUAAUUGUUAAAUUUGAUGAACGGGCAGGGAAAUCUGUCAUUUCAAUAACUGGUUAAAAGACCCAAAAGGACUAACAGAUCUAUGCAAUUUAUGGCUGUGAAAAAGUUGAGAAAACUUUGUGGUUUUGUGAUUUAUUCAUAUUUUAAAGACUGCAUUUGAAGUAGUUAAAAGAGAUCAUGAAAAAUUCUAAACUAGGGGCGCGAUCCAUUCAACCAAAAUUCUGACUGGUCCGACCAGGAAAAGUGGUCCACCUCAAAAGGUGGACCACUUUUUUCAAUACUUUUCUGGUUUGAUGGAACCGAUCCAUUGAGUUUUGGACCGAAAUUUCCGGAAAGUUUGGUUGAAUGGUUUGCACCUUUAAAGGUUUGCGAAAGGGGUACCAUUUGUCAAUAGAAGGUAUAUGAAAGGGGUACCUGUCUAUCAAAAGUGGUAUUUAAAUUUGGUAAGGGGUUGGACAUCAGGGCAAAGCCUCCCCAUUGGUUGAGUUCCCCAGGGUGCAAAUUUAUUAUGUGAGAAUAUGUGAGAGAAUAUUUGAAAGCCAGGGUAAUAAAUUACAUUCAGAACUCUUCCUUUUUUUUCAGUUUAGAGGAUCUAUUGAGUUAUCAUCCAAUACUAAAUGCAAUAUAGCAAGAAGAGGAACCUACAGCUUUCCUUUCUACCUCAGCACUGAACGAGGAACUCAUCUGUUUAAGGUACAUGUAAAUUUAUUGGCAAAUUUAUUCUUAUAAAUUUACAACAACAAAUUUACAACAAAUUUACACCAACAUGUACAUUGUGUAAAUUUAUUUCCACAAGAAAUUUUGUACAUUUACAUGUACUGAAUGGCUUUUCAGCCAGUGUCAACAGUAUGCCAUAGUAACUGUGUAUUUAUUGUGUUUAAGAUACGUUUAUAGUACAUUGUACAUAUUCAGCCAUUUCAAUCACAUGAAAUCAGUGGAGUCCUAUAUACUUUUAUCUGAAUGUGUCGGAUUUCUAUCCUUGUCAUGUCAAAAAUACUUGAAAGUUUAUUUGCUCACAAAUUAAUUAAACUAGUUCUUAUACAGUGUAAUGCGAAUUUGUCCUAUGCAAACACAGUAGAUGAGAUGUAUUAUAAUUCAAGUAUUAAUGUUCCUACAUGUAUGUUAUUUUUUAGCAUGCCCCCUACAUCUAUCAUUUUCCUAGUAGCUGUGCCUCAGCCACUAGAGUCAAGAACUGUACCAGUAUGUAAAGAAAAAUUUUGCAAACAGGCCGUUGAAAUUUGGUCUUUAUAUAUACUUGCCCAAUGGGCAACUGAUUUUGUUUCGCAGGGAGAAUUCAGAUUUUAAUACAGAAGAACUGUAAUCAAUGCUGCUCAGUCACAUUUUUUUUAUGGGCAAGUUGAAAUGAUUUUUGGGCUUGUACAUGCUAGCUACAGCUUGCCCAAAGGACAAGCUAUAAAGCUCACUUUCGUUGCACCUACUAUUCAAAAAUACUUUACACAGAGUCCUAAAGUGAUGCAAUAUAUUCUGCAGAGAGAGUGGUGCAGUGUAGCCUAAAUAAGUGUAAAUCCUGAGUAGUGCAAAACACAAGUGUUUACUUUUAUUUAGGAGUAUGUUGCAUCGAGAUGUAUUACAUUUUUUUUCAGUGUGAGACUAACUUGAAGCGGCACCAAUGGAUGUACCUUAUAGAACUAGCAUCAAAGGUAACAGCUGUCUAAUCAUUUGUUUAUUAUUUAGGAUAAGUGGAAUAUUUUGAAGAAAUAGGAUCAUACGAUGUCUGAUAUUACCUAGAAGUCAGUGCCGAUUAUGCGAUAAAAAUUUAUGUCUUUGGUAUAAUAGAUGUUUGUCAGUAGCUAUAAUGGCGCAUUGUUUCAUGAUGUUUCAUUAAGUUUGAAUAUCUAUUCCAAUUCAAGUUUUUUGUCAAAAUUACGUGAGCCACUAUAACCCAGAAAAAUUAGUGGUGUAUAUACAUUGUACUACUGGGAAAACAGGGCCCAUUAGCUAGGGAACACUAGACCAAUAUUUGAGUAUAUACAGCUGUAGGUGAGCUGCUGAGGGUUUGAAACCCUGACCCUAUUUAGGACAAAAAGAUCCUAAAAUACAAACCCUGUUUAGGACAAAAUGCACACCAUCUUGUCUUAAAUCCGUCAUUUAUUUGCAGUUACAGUAGAGCAAGUUCACGUUAUAGUCAUUUAAUAAUACUUUUGUAUACUAGAAUACAAGCAAAUUUCAUCAAGCAAAGCAAAUCAAUCGUGCGGGAAAUGCCCUGUUUAUAUUUAAUAACAUAUUUACUUCUAUGAUGCAAAUUCAACUCAAAGUUUUCUAAUGCGCUUUACAUUCAAUUUCUAAAAAGAAAACUAUAUAAAAGUAUAAAAUUAGUAAAAAAUAAAAUACUUACAGUCAAUGAUGGUUACACACACACAUAAUUCUAUAUACAGACUACAUGAAUUAAAUGGUUAAAAACUAAAAUUACAUAGUAAGUUCCAUACAGUUAAAAUAGUGAUUAGGAUUCGAAAUUACUCUCUAUCUAUUACUAUCUAAUAAAUAGGUUAGUUAAAAUAUUAAAGGUUUCUUGAAAAGAUACAACAAAGUGUAUGUUUUAAGCUUUGUCUUAAAAGUGCUGAUUCCAUGUUCCUCUCGUGGAGGACAGGCUCACACAAAAUUAUAGACCCUUUUUAGGACAGACUUGUGCGAAAUCAUCUACACUGUUUAGGACAAAGAGGACAAAAACCAUACCCUGUCCAGCGGCACAUCCCCAUAUAGGCCAUAUACGGGGGUACACCCCAGGGCCUGGGUAUCAAUUUGCUGUUUAUAAAUUUUAAUUUGAAACUUUAGGAUUGUUUGAAACUUUUCACAGCCAGAAAAGUUGUACAUUGUAAGUUUGCUGAGUUCCAGGGGAGGAAUCCCUUGUAAGUAGACUACUGUGUCCCACCAAGUCAUCCAAAGGGGAGGGGGUACAUGAAACAGGUCCCCACACAAAUGUGUACUAAUUAGUAACCUCUGACAAAGAAAAAAAUCUGGCUCUAGUUCAGUGUUCAAAUACCCUGUUGUAAGCAUCAGUUUCUCCAGGCCUGACGCUACACUACAAAGUGAGAGAAACAAUUGCAAGCGACUGUCUGCUUUCUUGAUUGAGCCACCAUCCAGUGCCGUGGACGAAUAAAUCAACUUUGAACAUGAAGGUAAAACCUUCUUAAAAACAAGUUAAAGCUCUCCGGCAUUAUUUUGCUUAUGCUCAUAACUGCUGCCUUAAUGCGAGCCUGCAGUAUCCGGUCUUCCUGUUUUCCAAUAGGGACUAUUUCACGUAGGCGUCACAUAGACGCACAUGCUUGAUGGAAAAGCAAACAGUCGCUCACAGUGGUUUCUCUCCCUUCGUAGUGUAGCAUCCGGCCCGGAGAAACUACUGCUCCCUACAGGUGCUGUAUGUAGUGUUUUAAGGUGGGUAGGACUAUCCAAAGGAUAAAUCUCUACAGACUACCCCAAGUCCACUUUUUUUAGCAAUGAAGUCCUGAAGAUCAAUGGCAAGGUUACUGUUUUCCAUCCUAACUGAUGACCCAACUAAAACAGACUUAUCUUUGUCUAAUGGACAAUGCAAUAAUAAUGGUUUCCCUAACGCAUAUUGACUGGAUGAUAACUAUUUAUCCAGUGGAUAGUACUAUCCAACUUUUGAACAACUGGAGUCAGCAUAUACACGGCGUGAAAGUGAAUACGAAUAGUGUUGUUACUGGAAUGUGACUAUUUUAGGGGUCGCCUCCUGUGCCUGCUCCCCUAUCUGUUCCCCACGCACCAUCUCAACACAUCACAAAGGAUUCAAUGCCAAAUGAUGGCCUACAAGGAGAUAACACAGAAACAGAUAAAGUGGACUUAGAGAAAGAUGAGGAUGACAUCUCUAUACCUCCUGAUGUUAUUCUAGUUACAACACCCAUAGAUGACUUGUCACAAAUUGAAGAAUUGUCAAACAACCACAUGUACAGUAACACAACAGCAGAAAGGGCAGGACCAGGUAUGGUCUUUCGGUCACUUCUUUGACAAUGUGCUUGACCCUUUGGGGAUUAUUCAUUUUCACAGGUAGCAAUGGAGACGGUCAGGUCAUAACUUUCUCAUUUUGAAGGAGUAAGCUAGGGUAGUGGUUGGAAAAGUUACAUCUAAUCCUUUGACCCGCCUUAUAAAGUAGCUCAAGCAAGACCCUUAUAUUAUUAUGUCAGCUACCAAUGCUCUAAAUAAAGUGUCUAACCAGGAAAAUCAAUGUUUCAUUUUACUAAUAAUACUAUUAUUAGAUACCUGUUGCAUCCAGCACCAGCUUAGGUACAAUCUUGGGCAAAAAGUGUAAAGGAUGUUGCUCUUUCUUACCCACAGAGUGCCUAUCCCGUGGAUUUGAUACCACAAUGGCCCCUCCCCUUACCUCACCCCGGUCAAAGUUGUUUAGUCGGGAUCAGAAAUGAUCCAGCCGGACUUCAACAUUGUUUUUGUGGAGGGUAGUGGGAGUAUUUGUAGUUGCCAGUGCUUUCAAGAGCUUUAUCUUGAACCUAGACAUGGUUGGACAAAAAUGUUGCGAAAAAUAAACGUUAGACUGUGGUCUCUCAUGCCUCAGGAAGGAAGAAAUGCGUGACAAAGCCCUAAGAAUAUCUGCCUGGUAGGCUACAACUAACUGUGUCGAAGUCAGGGUGGUCUAAAUUUUGCUUAUAAUAAAUUAUACCCACAGUUAAGCAAUUUUAUCACCACAUCAAUUAAUAAUAAUUAAUCAGGGAGGUUCUGACUUAAGAUUCUGUAGGCAUUUCUGCUUUAUUAGUUCAGCAAACUGACUGUACCACUCCUGUACCACACAAUAUGCAGUUCAGAUAGUUCUGAUCUAGAUCUAGGACGAUGUAGCAUGUAAUAAAAUUGUUUAGUAUAUUCUAAAACAGUGGAUAGUGUUUUUCGCGCGCUCUGAUUGGCUACUUAACCUCAGGAUAUCCAGUGCUAUUCACUGAUUCACCUCCAAUUUCGCCGAGCGAGCGACGCCAAACUCGCGCAAGUUACAAGCGAAAUGGCUUCCCAGUUUGCUGCCGUAACAAACAAAGAAAUUUCACAAAUAGUCGAACAAAUAGUUAUUUGACGGCAAGAAAACGCGACAGCUGUUCGGUCAUUGCGCGCCAAAAUUGUAAUGGUUGGCAACAGUAAAUGAGUUAAAAAUCAUCAUUUUUGUGCUCAAUUAUCUCACUGUUUUAGUAUAUACUAAAACAAUUAUUCACCUCAGUGUCGCUUCGCGGCUCGGUAGCCACCUCCAAUUCGGUUAAUAAUUGUUAUAUAUAUAAAAAGAAACUCAUAGCAAAGGUUACAAGUUUAUGCUUUCUGAUCCAUCUCUGUUAUUUGUUUUUCUUCUUUCAGUGCCACCACUCCUUGGUAGGGCUGUACUUUCGACUGGGAUCACAGGGACAACAAUGGGUAAGCUCCAUUCAGUCUUUAGCUCUUUUGAGUGGCUCUAUCCUGUAAUGAUUCAUAAAAUGAAAGGGAAAUUAGAUUCAGAGCUCUCUUUAUCCUUUUUUUUGGUUUGUUUGUUUGUUUUUCAGUAGUCCAAAAGCCAAGUUCAUUGUCUUCAUCAACAAAGUCUCCUUCACCUAAAGUUAGUGGCUCAUUCCAGCUCACAAGAAGUAAGUGACCAUACUGUGCCAGGUUUUUCCCUUUACGUCCAUUCUCUAUCUACUCCAAACUCUUCAUGGAUAAAAAUACUCUAGGUUCACGGCGACCUAGACGAGGCAUUGUGGCAUAUCAGAAUGUAAGAACCUGGGAGAAUGUAGUGUUAGAUGUGGUUUCUGCUUAUGGCGAGUGUAAAACCCGAGGUCAAUUCACGAAAAACUCUCUCAAGUAGAAGUUACAACUAAAACAGUGUGGUUAUUGUUUUGAGACUCUGAAUAGGCUGAGUACUUGUAAAUUACACUUAAAACAGUUGUGAUGAAUUGAUCCCUGGGUUUCCUGCCUGCCUCCAAAACUCUCCUUUUUUAGGUCAGACCCCUCUCUUAUUCGUGUGAUGAGAAGCGUAUUUUUCUUUCGCAUUUACUUGUUUAAAGCCUUACAGUCACAGCUGGUAAAACAUACCCUAAAAGAUUGUAUUAUUGAACAAUCAGUCUCUUACACUGUACAUUUUGCGUCUAGUAAUGUCAAAUUUAACUGCUUCCAUGUAUCAUCAUCUCGCAUGUACAUUUAUAGCAGUUAAUGUUAGAACACAACUUCUCGGUCAGAUUAGAAAACUGUUUUGAAAUAAACUUGAAAUAUAUGUUAUAACUACGAAGACAUUUAUAUCGCAUAUUUAUUUUAUUCGUUCCAACGUCAGAUUUGCACUUUUGACAUGUUCACAGGUAGCCUUCGACGCCUUUGACUGCCCUGCGUGUAGAUUUUUGGCCAAUUAAGCAAGCAGGAAUCUAAAAAUGGUCUAAAAUCGGCAGUAAUUAUGAUACAAUUUCCAAAUAGUCAAAUCUAUCGACAAUAUAAUCUGUGGGGUCACGCUUGGCUUCAACUGGUGUGACUGCAUGCUGUUUCCUGCAAGUAAGAACAUGAAUCACGGAUUUAACAUAUUCACCAUGUUCACGCUGCCAAUCGCACUCGCAAAACCCUAACAUAUACACGUAAACAUUGAGAUUACCUGAUUUGUAAAGAUAUGGCUUAACUGUUUUAAAAGUACUUCUUUUUUAAAAAUAAAUCCCUGAAGAGAGGAUGUAUCAUUCUAGCAUCUUCUAGAGUCGAUAGAGUCCUGUUAAUUUUAUAAAUCAAGUGGUAAUUAAGUUUAAAUUUCUUUAUUUUUGUGUUCAGGUGAGUUGUCAAUGAACCGGAAGUCUUCUCAUCCAGCCUCUUUUUCUAGCGAAGUUAGUCCCCAGUCUUCCAAUUUUGGGGGUCGAAGCAAUUCUGAAAGGCCCUGUAGUAGUCCCAGUCCUACUCAGUUAGAACGGAAGCACGCUGGCCGGAAAUUGACCCCCACAACUGCAUCACGGGGUAAUGUCAGAUUUUCAAGACACAUGGCCAUGUCUGCUCCAGAUAUCCAAAUAUUAACAGUUGAAGACUAAACUUAAAAAAAAUGAAUUUGACGAUUAAAAAUCGUUGUGGUGUGGUCUUAGAGUUCCCUUUGGCCUCCUCGUUUUCAUCCUUCUAUUGAAUCUAAGGCCCACUCACCCUAGUUUAUUUUCGUUUGUCAACGACAUUAAUAAAUUACGAGAAGAGUCAUCAAUGUAAAGAUGUUAGAAUUUCUUGUCACAAAGUGGUAAGUUCAAGGUCACCCAAAACGAGACUAGUCACUGUAUUACACGUGGUAAACGAUAUUCCAGGACGACUUGUUAAUAUGUAAAUAGUUAAAACAUUAAUAAGAAUUGUACGCCAUUUUGUUCAAAAUGAUAAUAAAGUUAAAACAUACUUGCGC